CUCGCUCCAACAGAGAGUACCACCCACUUCAGGCUCUCUCUCUAUUACCGGCUCGCACUCUCUCUCUACAAAGUUUGCCAAAAAUGGCGGAUUACAUGGAGUACGAUGCUUCCGGUGACGGCAUUCCUGGUGGUCGCCGCAUUUCAAGGUCACAUUCGCCGGGACCAACUCGCCGUGCACUGCUCCCUCCUAGAGAGACGCCGUACGUCGUUCCUCGGGGAGUUAAAAGCCGAUUAACAAUGGCGAGCGGAGAAGAAUGCGGAACGAUGCUGUACGUAUCCAACUUGGGAUAUAGGGUUUCUGAAGAAGACAUUAGAGGAACUGGAGAAGUUGUGUAUGUUCAAAAAUCAGAUGCUUUGAUGGCAAUAAGAAAAUACAACGAUAUACCACUUGAUGGGAAACCAAUUAAGAUUGAAGAAGUUGGAAUGAUCAACUUUGUGGUUCCUGCAUGGCCUCCAAUGGCUGGAAUUGCUCUGGGAAAUUAUCCCAAAGGAUCAUCUUUUGAGUGUGUACCACCAAGGAGAUAUGGUGCUGAUAAUUACGCAAGAGAAAACGAAGGUUUCUCAAGACAUGCUGGAAGUUAUAAUGGCAGCAAGCCACAAAAAUCUGCUGGAGAUGAGCACAACUGGAGGGAGAAAAACAACAUUCAGAAAAAAAAGGUCACCACUACCGUUGCUGAGCUAGAUGCUGAUUUGGAGAGGUAUCGUUUGGGAGCUAAGAGUGUCUGAUCAUAUCCAGCCUGCUUAUGAUAGACUCAGAUGCAUUGUGACCAUUAAUGGUUGGUUGGCCAUGCAUAUAGCUAGACUUAAUCAGCUAGCUAGACAUAUGUCCGUUAGUUAACGUUUGUUGUAGUAUGGCCUUGAGUCUUUAGGCACUGAUGGAUUUAGCUGGUCUCGCAAUCUUCAUGCAAGAAUGACAUAAAAGUAGUAGAAUUACCUCUUUUCUACACGCUAUGGGACAGAAAGUAGAUGAACAUUUGGAAUGAACUGGCUUCAUGGCCCAGUUCACCAUUUAGAAGAACUCUUGCGCUUUAAUUGCUAUGAACGCACUACUUAUUGUAAAAAAUGUACAAAAUAAAUACGGAGUAGCAUGUUGAUAUACCCAUGU